CUCCCUCGCGGAGCGCCGCCCUUUCGCUCGGAUCUCGGCCGCGGGAGCCGAAGUGGGCGGGGCUCAUCCCGGAAGCCUUGGCCCCGCCCUCCCUGGCAAGAUCCCCAGGCAGCGCCCAGCGGCAGGACAGCCACACUGAAGGCCUGAAGAUUGUGUUGCUGAGGAGGACACGCUGAGCACCAUCUGAAUCACCAUCUGCUCGGCUUCCCUCACAGCUUCGGUGGUGUGUUGUGUGUUGCUUUGCGGGAGCUGUUUCGCCAUAGGAUGAGGCUGGUAAUCCUAGAAAAUUACGAUUUGGCGAGCGAAUGGACGGCAAAGUACAUCUGUAACCGCAUCGUCCAGUUCAAGCCUAACCAAAGCCGAUACUUCACCCUUGGCUUACCGACAGGAAGCACACCUUUGGGAUGCUACCAGAAGCUGAUAGACUAUCACAAAAGAGGGGAUUUGUCUUUUAAAUAUGUGAAGACAUUCAAUAUUGAUGAAUACGUAGGCCUUCCGAGGAAUCAUCCGGAAAGCUACCAUUCUUACAUGUGGAACAAUUUUUUUAAGCAUAUUGAUAUAGAUCCAAACAAUGUCCAUAUUCUCGAUGGGAACGCACCGGAUCUAAAAGCAGAGUGCGACGCCUUUGAAAAGAAGAUAGAAGAAGCUGGAGGGAUUGAACUGUUUGUUGGAGGCAUUGGCCCUGACGGUCAUAUCGCUUUCAACGAACCGGGAUCCAGUUUGGUGUCAAGAACCAGAUUGAAAACUCUCGCCAUGGAUACCAGUCUGGCGAAUGCAAAAUACUUCGACGGUGAUUUAUCUAAGGUUCCAACCAUGGCCUUAACGGUUGGCGUGGGAACAGUCAUGGAUGCCAGGGAAGUUAUGAUUCUGAUCACGGGCGCACACAAAGCCUUUGCCUUGUACAAGGCAAUCGAAGAAGGGGUCAACCAUAUGUGGACGGUUUCCGCCUUCCAGCAACAUCCCCACACAAUCUUUGUGUGUGACGAAGAUGCCACUUUAGAACUCAGAGUUAAAACGGUGAAGUAUUUUAAAGGUUUAAUGCACGUGCACAACAAACUCGUGGAGCCUCUGCAUAGUAUGAAAGAGCAGAAUUGAAGGACGGAACCAUGAUGGAGCCACUGGGCAGGGUGGGGGGGGACGGGACCCUGGCAGUGUGUUUUGGGGGAGCAGGCUGCUAGGCUGCAUUGUGAAAAACAUGGGCUAAACUUCAGCUUCUUUAUAAACCUGGGGCUUGUGGUAACAUUUAUCCUGGCGGUCCAAAUGCGCGCGUACAUUCCUCUCCGUGCUGUCACAAGUCCUUUUUUCGUCUGUUCCCCCCCCUCCCCCGGACCUGUUUUGCUUCUUGCACGUUAUUCCAUCGUCUGAAACUGGGGAACAAUUCCGGGGAAAGAGGAUAAAGCUCAGACAGGCUUUCUGGGGGGGGGGGAGAAUAAAUGUUCCGGCAGGGAUCUCUGGGAAAAGAUUCCACCAGUGUGAUUUCAGUUCCAUCUUUUUUAUUAUGGGUGAAGGACUUUGAGAACCCUGUUAGGGCCAUUGUGAUCGCGCCAUGCAGACCCUCCUGGCUCUGUGACUUGCAUAUAAAUACUUCUUUGUUGCUUUAGAUCUUGGCCUCUUCAACAUUAAGGGUAGCGGAGAAGAAGUCCUUUUACAACCAGGUGUUCAUAAUCCAUGGCCUUAAAAGCUACCCUUUCUUCUCUGGGAAUAGGGUCCAACAUAGUAAGAGGAGAGGAUCUAUUUAGCAAGCAAUGGUCAUUUUUUGAAGUUUCUGCAGAAACGGCCCGUGCUCGGUUACUCCUUCCUUCCUUCCUUCCUUUUCUCUCUCCUUCCUUCCUCCCCGUCUUCCUCCCUUUUCUUUUUUCUUUCCUUCCUUGUUUCCUUUUUUUCCUUUCCUCCUUCCCUUCUUUGUUUUUUCUC